GGGAGAAAUGACAAGAAGAUAUUGGAACAUCAAUUUGGAAGAGAUGAUGGAAGCGGGAGUUCAUUUUGGUCACGGUACUCGUAAAUGGAAUCCUAGAAUGUCGCCUUAUAUCUCUACAAAAUGUAAAGGUAUUCAUAUUAUAAAUCUUACUAGAACUGCUCGUUUUUUAUCAGAGGCUUGUGAUUUAGUUUUUGAUGCAUCAAGUAGAGGAAAACAAUUUUUAAUUGUAGGGACAAAAAAUAAAGCAGCUGAUUCAGUAGCAUGGGCUGCAAUAAGGGCUCGCUGUCAUUAUGUUAAUAAAAAGUGGCUGGGGGGUAUGUUAACGAAUUGGUCCACGACAGAAACGCGACUUCAAAAAUUCAGGGACUUGAGAAUGGAACAAAAGACAGGGAGACUCGCUCGUCUUCCAAAGAGAGACGCAGCCGUGGUGAAGAGACAAUUAUCUCACUUGCAAACAUAUUUGGGCGGGAUCAAGUAUAUGACAGGAUUACCGGAUAUUGUAAUCAUCGUUGAUCAACAAGAAGAAUAUACAGCCCUUCGAGAAUGUAUUACUUUGGGAAUUCCAACGAUUUGUUUAAUCGAUACAAAUUGUGACCCGGAUCUCGCAGAUAUUUCGAUUCCGGCAAACGAUGACGCUAUAGCUUCAAUUCGAUUAAUUCUUACUAAAUUAGUAUUUGCAAUUUGUGAAGGUCGCUCUAGCUAUAUAAGAAAUCCUUGAUUCAUAAUAAAAUCAAAAACGGAUUUGCUAAGUUCUAUAUCGGUUCCUAUAUCCUGAAUCUCAAAAACUAGUUAAAAACUUGGAAUAUGAUAUUAUUUAAUUUUAUUUAAUUAAUCGGUAUUUUAAAUAGAAAAUUAAAGUAAACAAGUCGAGAAAGCGAUGGUUGAAUCAAAAUAAUUUUUUUUUUAAGUUAUAUUUCUGUCAGAGGACAAUAUGAAUAUUCCAUCAUAUUCACUUAACACACUAAAGGGGUUAUAUGAUAUAUCUGGUGUGGAAGUAGGCCAACAUUUCUAUUGGCAAAUAGGAGGUUUCCAAAUUCAUGGUCAAGUACUUAUAACUUCUUGGGUUGUAAUUGCUAUCUUAUUAGGUUCAGCUGCUAUAGCUGUUCGGAGUCCACAAACUAUUCCGACUGGCGGUCAAAAUUUCUUUGAAUAUGUCCUUGAAUUCAUUCGAGACGUGAGCAAAACUCAAAUUGGAGAAGAGUAUCGUCCUUGGGUUCCCUUUAUUGGGACUAUGUUUCUAUUUAUUUUUGUUUCGAAUUGGUCAGGGGCUCUUUUGCCUUGGAAAAUCAUACAAUUACCUCAUGGGGAGUUAGCCGCACCCACCAAUGAUAUAAAUACGACUGUUGCUUUAGCUUUACUCACGUCAGUAGCCUAUUUCUAUGCGGGUCUUACAAAAAGAGGAUUAAGUUAUUUUGGUAAAUACAUUCAACCAACCCCAAUUCUUUUACCCAUUAACAUCUUAGAAGAUUUCACAAAACCUCUAUCACUUAGUUUUCGACUUUUCGGAAAUAUAUUAGCGGAUGAAUUAGUAGUUGUUGUUCUUGUUUCUUUAGUACCUUUAGUGGUUCCUAUACCUGUGAUGUUUCUUGGAUUAUUUACAAGUGGUAUUCAGGCUCUUAUUUUUGCAACUUUAGCUGCAGCUUAUAUAGGCGAAUCCAUGGAGGGUCAUCAUUGAUUAGUGUUAGGAAGAGUCUAUCGUUUAGUUUAGAUCCAGGUAAUAUAUCUAUGUAUCAAGAUAUUCUAUCAAGAUAAUCUAUGUUAUCUAGAACAUAUAAAUGUCAAAAUUCAUACAGUCUAACCGGAAUAGAAAAAAAAAGAUUCGAGCGAGAAGUGUAAAAUAAAAAAGAAAAGAAGGCGUUGGUUAGUAGAGAGGGGGUGCCGCAGGUAUGUGGAAUCUAAUGACUAUUUAAGUUAAUUCUUGCAGAUUAGAUGGUUCGAAGAAUGAUUAGAAAAUCCGAUUGAAUUAAAAAUAGAAUCGCCGGUUUACGUUAUUGAAGAAACAUAUGUAUAUUUUAUAUUAGAGAUUGGCAAGUUAUAUAUGAAUGAAUAUUUCAUUUGCCCUACUUAAAUUUCUUAAAUUUCGGAUACCAAACUGAAGUCCUUCCGUUUUGUUUAGGACUGCGAAUUGAAUGAAUAAACAGAUCAAAUAACGAAAAAGAUCGAAGAAUGAUUAAUGAUUAGAAAAAAUAAA